CUCCCAUGCUACUAUGCUGUAUUGCUAUUACAAUUGCUCUGAAAGAGUCUUAAACACCGACUCACUCACUCUUGUAUAAAGCAAUGAAUGAAAAGAAAGGCCCUCACACUGCAAUUUGUAAUUGCAAUAUUUACUCCAAAUUUCCUCAUUCUGCAUACUUCUUGGGAUUUUUCCAAACAAUUAAUACAUUUCCUGGCCACAAUUUACACUCUUCUUCUACCCAACAAUUCAAUUCAAUUCAAUUCAGCUCUAUCACUUUCUCUCUCUCUCUCUCCUCUCUCUCCCUAUACCCUCCACCUCUCUCCCUCAAUUUAAUUAAGCUUUAAUUCACCCCCUUCAAUUUUUCUUAUAUAAAAUGGCCUACAUGUUCCAACCACUUCACACAGUUCACUUUCUUGCUGCUGCCGGAGCUUUUUCUAAUCACCUUUAGCAACACUUUCCUCCUUCAACCUUCUUUUAAGGUAACAUACUUUUGCAGAAAGAAAAAGGGGCAAAAACAAUGAGUCGAAGAAAUGGAAGUGGUCCAAAACUUGACUUGAAACUUAACCUAUCACCACCAAGGGUUGACCACAGAAGAGUUGAGUCAUCACCAACAAGAUCAGCAACAGUGUCACCUACAUCCCCACCAAGUUCAUGUGUGUCCACUGAGCUAAACCAAGAAGAUGGAAACAACCAACAGAGAUACUCUAACAGCCCAGAAGCCACUUCCAUGGUUUUGGUUGGUUGUCCUCGUUGUCUUAUGUAUGUCAUGCUUUCUGAAGAUGAUCCAAAGUGCCCUAAAUGUAAAAGCACUGUUUUACUUGAUUUCCAUCAUGAAAACAACAACUCCAAAAGGAGGAAUUAACUGCAUGUUUGGAAUUACAGUGAGUUUAACGAAAUCACAGUAGCGCCGUCGUUUGGUUGAAGCUUCAAAAUGUAGUUUUUGCCAAAAUUACGGUAAUAAAAAACUCACAGUCAAUCCAAACAUGCAUUAAGUGUAGGUUACCCUGUUGCCAGUUCUGCAUUCUAUGUUGGUAGUAGCCUAGUAGGACAUGUUAGCUUUUAACCUAGGAAUCUCCAUUUCAAUAUGUUUCAUUUCUAUUAUUAGUUUUAAUCCUUGUUUAUGUGUCUUAUUCUAUGAAUAGUGCUACUUGCACUCCACUUUUUGCCUUUCCUACAUCUACUAGUGAGGGGAAAAUAAUCACAAAAUCUUGUUAUAGCAAGAAAAUCAGAUAGAUAUAAGAGUGGAGAGUAAAUAGCACUAUUCAAGUCAUCAUAUAUAGAAUCUAGAAGGGAAGGUAGUCAGAAAUUUGGGAAUGGUAGGGAAGUCUAUGUAGCUCUAUUGGGAUUGGGUUCAACUUUUCUGCUUUUUAGCAGCAAAGAUGUAAUAGGACUUAACCUCUUCAGGUGCCAUCUUAGUAUGUUUAUUGAAAUUUUAGAUGAAAAUUCAACCUUUGUAUCA